CUUGGUCCUGGCGUAGUCAUGGCGGCCUUCCGCGACAUGGAAGAAGUGAGCCAGGGGCUGCUGAGCCUGUUGGGCGCCAACCGCGCGGAGGCGCAGCAACGGCGGCUGCUGGGGCGCCACGAGCAGGUGGUGGAACGGCUGCUGGAGACGCAAGACAGCGCCGAACAACGGCUGCGAGAGAUCCUGGCUGCAGAAGAAGAAGUGGCCCAGAGCCUUCUGGAUGCGAAGGAGCGGGCGCACCAGGGGGGCGCCGAGUUGCAGCAGCUUGAAGCUGAGCUCCGGAAGGCCGGCGAGGAGGACACCCGUCUGAAGGCCAGCCUCCUUCAGCUCACCAGAGAGCUGGAGGAGCUCAAGGAGACCGAGGCCAGUCUCGAGAGGCAGGAGAGGGAAGUUGACGAAGACACGACUGUCACCAUCCCUUCGGCCGUGUAUGUGGCUCAGCUUUAUCGCCAGAUUAGCAAAAUUGAGUGGGACUAUGAGUGUGAGCCAGGGAUGGUCAAAGGCAUUCAUCACGGCCCCAGCGUCGCCCAGCCUGUCCAGCUGGACAGCACCCAGCUCUCCAAGAAGUUCAUCAGCGACUAUCUCUGGAACUUGGUAGGCACGGACUGGUAGCCCGGAGCCUCAAGGACGCGUCUGCACACGGCACGAGUCAGUGUGGUGGGUGGUCGGUGCCUCAGCGGUGAGAGGAGCUGAAAAUUAAAUGUUUCUCCAGAGA